AGACAGCGUAGGGUACAGUUCAUACGAAUCGGAAAUCAUUCCGGUCGCCUUUCUUCACUUGACCGGCCAAGAUGUUGAGUGCUGUAUCGAAGGCAGCGACUGGAGCCCUUAGGGCCGUCAAACCCACCCUUCUUCAAAAUGAAGUCGCAAAAAUAUCCGGAGCUCUCUCCGUAAACAGUAGAGAUUAUGCAAAAGCGGCAAACAGCAAGGGUGGUGCCCAAGGAAAAAUUGUUGCUGUCAUCGGUGCUGUUGUUGAUGUACAAUUCGACGAUGCCCUUCCACCAAUUCUCAAUGCUUUGGAGGUUCAAAAUCGUAGCCCCAGGUUGGUCCUUGAAGUUGCUCAGCAUUUGGGAGAGAACACAGUCCGUACCAUUGCCAUGGAUGGUACUGAGGGUCUUGUUCGAGGCCAAUCUGUUUUGGAUUCUGGAUAUCCCAUUCGUAUUCCUGUUGGUGCUGAGACUUUGGGUCGUAUCAUCAAUGUCAUUGGUGAACCAAUUGACGAACGUGGGCCCAUUCCUACCGACAAGCUUGCUCCCAUCCAUGCGGAUGCUCCUGAAUUCGUAGAGAUGUCCGUUGAGCAGGAAAUUUUGGUAACUGGUAUUAAGGUUGUCGAUCUUCUUGCUCCUUACGCCAAGGGUGGAAAAAUUGGCUUGUUCGGUGGUGCCGGUGUCGGUAAAACUGUAUUGAUUAUGGAGCUCAUCAACAACGUAGCCAAGGCUCAUGGUGGUUACUCCGUAUUUGCCGGUGUGGGUGAAAGAACGCGUGAGGGUAACGACUUGUACCAUGAAAUGAUUGAAUCUGGUGUCAUCUCCUUGAAAGAUAAGACCUCCAAGGUAGCGCUGGUAUAUGGUCAGAUGAACGAACCACCAGGCGCUCGUGCUCGUGUCGCCUUAACUGGUUUGACCGUUGCUGAAUAUUUCCGUGAUCAGGAGGGACAAGAUGUAUUACUUUUCAUUGAUAACAUCUUCAGGUUCACGCAGGCUGGUUCAGAAGUAUCAGCCUUGCUGGGUCGUAUUCCAUCUGCUGUCGGUUAUCAACCAACCUUGGCAACUGAUAUGGGUAGCAUGCAGGAACGUAUUACGACCACCACGAAAGGAUCUAUCACUUCUGUACAGGCUAUUUAUGUACCUGCCGAUGACUUGACUGAUCCUGCUCCUGCCACCACAUUUGCUCACUUGGACGCCACUACUGUAUUGUCCCGAGCUAUCGCUGAACUUGGUAUCUAUCCCGCUGUCGAUCCUCUUGACUCCACUUCUCGUAUUAUGGACCCGAAUAUCAUCGGUCCUGAGCAUUACAACGUUGCUCGUGGUGUACAGAAAAUCUUGCAGGAUUACAAAUCACUUCAAGAUAUUAUUGCAAUUUUGGGUAUGGACGAAUUGUCUGAAGAAGACAAACUUACCGUAGCCCGUGCCCGAAAAAUCCAGAGGUUCUUGUCUCAACCAUUCCAGGUUGCCGAAGUAUUCACUGGCCAUGCCGGUAAAUUAGUACCGUUGGAAGAAACCAUUAAAGGUUUCCAGAAGAUCUUAGGUGGAGAAUACGAUCAUCUUCCAGAAGUCGCUUUUUAUAUGGUCGGACCUAUUGAAGAAGUAGUAGCAAAGGCAGAAUCAUUGGCCAAACAAUAAACCGAAACACAGUCAUCGUAAUCAUGUCAUUAAUAAAUAAUUAAAACGAUCUUCUAAUAAUACAAGCCUGUUUAUUUUUUAUCUGUUAAAAAU